AUGGAAGCUCUAAUCUAUAAUGACUCGCCGAUUGCAGAAUAUCUAGAAGGAGACGCCAUCCCCUUCGAAGCCACCGAGCCAUCCUCCCCUGUCUCAUGCGCCCAACGAACCUAUGCCCCUCGCGGCUUGCCAAAGCUGCGCGAGCAGUUACGAACGAUUCGCCAAACCGCUGCCUACGUGACCGAUGUUGCAAACGAACAGUUCCUCGAGCGGUUUCGCUACGUGAUUGUCGCCUCCCAACUCCUCGCGGACGAACCGAAGCCGAGACGACAACCUCUUCAAAAUGAACAACCCUUCGCACCACAUUCUCUCUCACUCAGAGGUGCUUGUAUAACAGCCGGAAUUUCCUUUUCAGUCGCAUGGUCGCUUCAUCUACUCCAGCGGGGAUAUCCAACAUCUCAGUCACAUCAUUCAACUUGGUCAGAAAUAUGCGUGUACUCGUUGUCCCUAUUGGGGGUUUGUCUGGUUCUUUUGUACUUCGGAAGGCGUCAAUAUCUCGAAUUUCUCCGGCAAUGUGCAGGGUUGACGUUGGGGAAUCUGGUGACGAAUUCGCAUAACUAUGAUAGCAGCGCAGUUGAGGCGCUUCGUUUUAUCCAGGAGGUCGAGAUUGUCUCCCGUGGAUAUGAGAUAAGCCAACCACUACCGCCAAUCAGUCGACUGGAAGACAAGAACUCAUUGAGUCGUUGUCGUGAUCUACGAGCCACCCUUGGAGUUACCCUGACGGCCAACAUCAUACGAUGUGUUGAAGCUCAUAAUGUCAUUCAACCAUUUGUGAGGGACCUCGACCUGAAAAGAUAUCAUGACGUAUACGAGGUCUCGAUGCAGGAUUAUAGCGACGCCGUGGCGGUUGCCAACAACUCUCCUCUCGACACCCGGGACUCUCUGAAAGAACUUCGCUUCCUUUUCCGACUUCAUCUCAUCGCGAGAAAAGUUUUCCUUUGUGAUCUGUUGGCCCUUCACUCUGGCUCAGUCUGGUACAACGUCCGUCAGUGGCGACUGAUAUGCCAUGUGCUGCAAGGGUUAGAGGAUGUACUUUCCCAAGCAGGUCAGCAACUCCACACUGCUAUAGUGCAUGAAGAGUAUGGCGAAGACGGCCAGGACACGGUGUCGGAAGACGCCGAAACAGCAGCUGAACGGACCAUAGACGCCACUACGCCGCAAAAACGACACACCAAGGCUCAAUUACGCCGAUUUGAAGCGGUGGCCAACGCUAUACGAUCCCUGAACGCCAAAGUCCACCUACUUAGGGAAGAGAUAAACUCUCUCAAGUCGAAAGAUGACUCCGCCCUCAGCAUGGCCAUCACUGGACAUUACGAUCAGCUAGGGGCUGAGAUUCGAAACGCCCUAGUCGAGUGGGAAAAGGGGCGAAACACCAUGUUCCUCAACGUUGGGACCGAACGUGACAAUCGUUUCUCCAUAUCAUCCAGCGGCAUGAGAUCACCAGCGUCGCCCUCUCCGAGCAGUCUGGGUGGACUGACGGUGGUGGAUGGAGGACCUGCAGAAGCACUAAAGCUGCUGAGUGGCGACGAACGGAGCUCAUCUGAUGGUGGUGUAGGAUUGGAUGAAGAGGUGUUCGAAGCGGUGGCCUUGCCACGCAAGAGGAUGUCUUGGGCGCCAAUGAGCCGCGAAGAGAAGCUCAACAAACUUCAAGAGGACCGGAGGAAGCGGGCGACCUUUCAGGAGCACGCCGAAAAUACAACCAACAUGCUGCGGGAACUGCAGAUGGUAAUCAAACAUCGCCCUCCGGCCAGAUCUGAUACGCGCAUCACUUCGAUAUAA